CUUCUCAAGAGAGGCCAUAAGGAGAUGUUCAGGUCACAAAAGCCUUGUUCUUCUCAUUUCACAUCAGCAUGUGCAGCCUGGGGUGCACAGCUGUAUCUCAGAGAGCGUGUGGACAGAAGCACAAGAGAAGCAGGGUAAACCAGGUCUGUCCUCAAGGCAGCCUUUGCAGUGCUGGGAAACCCUGGUCCCUGCUGUCAUAUUUGCAAGCUUGGUCUGUGAAGAUGCUUCCAGCAUAGAGGUUAUUAGUGAAUCUCUUAAGUUCUGGAUCAGCCUUUGCUUCUGCUGCAGGGGGUAAGGAAUGAUAGGAAAAACCCUGGUGAUGGUCAAAGGGUGCUGUUGAGGCAAACAGUCUCAUACAGUGCCUGUAGCAGUGAACAAGGAGCAAGAAGAACAGCUGACCCAAAGCUGCAUGUCUGUGGGCAUGCAGGGUUGUUGGAGACGAUAAAUGAGCCAGGGAACAGAGGGAAUUGAGGAAAUUCACACUGUUUGGUGAUGAAGAUGUAGUGGCAACAAGCAGGGUAGCAGGGUUUGCCAUGGAUGCGUGUUGGGUCCUGCACUGGGCACUCACGGUCCUCUGUCAAGUACCUGUCUGCUGUGAAAUAACCCCCCCUGGCUGAUACACCACUUGACGGCUGGUGAUAAUGCUGAACACAGCAGGAGGAUGACAGUGGCUGUGCUGGUCUCAGACCCCAGGCUUGCCAAAGUCUUGCAGACCCUGGUGUCUUUGGCUUGCUGUCCCUUGAAACUCGACUGCAGCUGGGUUGAAUGGCACCAGCUUCCAUGUGUUCGACCAAGGACGUUUUGCCAAAGAGGUGCUGCCCAAGUAUUUCAAACACAACAACAUGGCCAGUUUCGUCCGGCAGCUGAACAUGUAUGGCUUCAGGAAGGUGGUGAACAUCGAGCAGGGGGGUCUUGUCAAGCCCGAGCGGGAUGACACCGAGUUCCAGCACCUCUGCUUCCUGCAGGGCCACGAGCAUCUCCUGGAGCACAUCAAGAGGAAGGUGUCAGUAGUGAAAAGUGAGGAGACCAAGAUGCGCCAGGAGGACCUCAGCAGGUUGCUAUACGAGGUACAGAUACUGAGGAGUCAGCAGGAGAACAUGGAGUGUCAAGUGCAGGACAUGAAGCAGCAAAAUGAAGUUCUUUGGCGGGAAGUUGUUUCUCUCCGGCAGAACCACUCACAGCAACAGAAAGUGAUCAACAAGCUGAUUCAGUUUCUGUUUGGCCAGCUCCAAUCAAGCCCUAGCAGCACUGGGAUAAAGAGGAAGCUACCUCUGAUGCUUGACAAUGGGAUCUCAGCUCCACAAGUGUCCAAGUUCAGCCGGCAUUUGUCUACAGACCCCCUUCAUGACCCCUAUUUCAUACAGUCGCCAUCAACAGAACCUGCCUCUUGCUUAAACAGCCCCACAGUUCCUGGAGGACCCAUCAUAUCUGAUGUAACUGAAGCGACACCAUCCAACAUAAUAAAUAUGCAUUCUCCUCCUGAAAAUGACAGAGAGAAAUGCCUCAUGCUGAUCAAGGAAGAACCAGUCAGCCCUGGCGUGAAAGCCACCACCGAGCCUGAUGUCCCGCUGCCAGGCUGCCAGGCUUGCUCCGAGCCCCCCGUGCUCCCAGUGGCCAUGGUUCAGUCUGUUUUGGAAGGCAAAGGGAGCUGUGGCACAGCCCCUCCAGGGACCUCGCAACCAUCUGAGAGAAGAGGCAGAAGGGCACUGCUGGACAGAACAGAUAUUUCAGAUCCCCUGGAGAGCCCCGACUGGAGCUUGGAGGGGCUGCAGCUGCUGCUGAGGAGCCAGCAGUAUGGCCUGGAACCAGCCAGCCUCUUGGAUGUCUUUAAUCCCAAUUUAUCUUUCAAUGAGUGGAAUUUGACUGAAAUGGAAGCUAGUCUGUCUCCGAUGCAGCGUCUCACAGUGGAUCUGGAGAAGAAUGCAACUGAGCUGUCCUCAAAAGUGUUCAACCCACCGUUUAACAGCACCUGCCCAGGGAGAGAUGUAAUUCUUGAAAGCACCCAGCAGUUCCUCGUUGAUCGUCAGUCAGUCUUUGGAAACGACCUCAUCAACUUGCCUGAAAGUUCAUCGCUUUAUGUUCCAUCUGACAGUAUGGCUUCCUACCUGUCCUCUGGGGGUGUCCAAGGGGAGAUCCCAUUAAACCUGAGCUCCUCAACUGACAACAACCAGUGAUGUAGAUUCCAAGAAAUGACGUCUCCCUCCCACCCAUCCAAGUAUCCAUAGGUUUGAAUGGAAAGAAACAAAAGUGACUCAGAAACCCACAAGAGAGUUUCUUUUUGUGCUCUUUCUUUUUGAGUAGAUGGAAAUGGUCAGUAGCUGUUGCAUUACCCUCUUUGCACCUGGAUUUCAGUGUUUGCCCAGGAUAGCAAUUUUAAAUGAAAUACUGCCUCUGGUGCUUGCUCCUGUGGGGAGUGAGAACUUGGCAGGUUUGGGGCUUUUUUGCCUUUUAAGUGCAUUUAGAAAUUUCAAAUCUAAUAAAAUUUAAGUGAAGAGUAGCUUGAAAGUACAUCAUGGACUUCAUAAAAUAUAAUGAUCCCAACUAGUGUCUGCAACAGCAAAAUAUUGGAUUUUAUCGAGGCAGCACAGAUUAGCUAAGAUGCCUGACCCUUCUGGAUGCUGU